GUCGUACCCGUCGUCGUCGGCGACGUCGUGAGAGGAGGUCACCGCUGUCACGUCAGUUAAAUUCUUCGAGACAAAAUGGGUAGUAGCAACCAACUGUAUAGUCUAUCCUGGGGAGAAUUCAGUUCUUCUCUGGCCUCUGCAGUACAACUGCUAAGAGGACACGGUGAAUUGGUGGAUGUUACCUUGGCUGCUGGUGGACGGAGUUUUCCUGCACAUAAGAUAGUUCUUUGUGCAGCAAGUCCAUUUUUACUGGACUUGUUAAAGAGUACACCAUGCCAACAUCCAGUGGUCAUGCUAGCAGGAAUUGGAGCAGAUGAUUUGGAAUCUCUAUUGGAAUUUGUAUACCGAGGAGAAGUGAGUGUCGAACCGGCACAAUUGCCUUCUUUGCUCCAAGCUGCUCAUUGUUUGAGCAUCCAUGGGUUAACACCACCAACUAUAGUAACAGAGAGUGGCGAAGAAGUUCCUGCGUCUGCGAUACCUACGGCGACGAAUGAUGGGUUACCAAGGGCGACGCUCAACUCGUAUUAUCCAUUAAAACGAAGAAAAAAGAGGAGGAAGUCAUCGACAUCCUCUGGAAAAUGGCAAUGCACCAGUAAUACUACAGAUAGCGAAAGCAGGCCUUUGGAUGACAACAGAACAAUGCCUUAUGAAAAUAAAGAUGACGACGCUACAGAUCAAGCCGAUGAUGCAGCGGGCAACUGCUUGGUCGGAAACUAUGCGAACAACCAUCAGGGCGGCAGUCAUUCACCGCGACUUCAAGACCCAUUAUCCGUCGCGGACAGUCAGGCGGCACAACCGGAUCACGUCUCGGAUGGCGAGUCGCAUCUGCAUACACUAAUGCCGAUGCAGUUCUCGCCGUUGCAGAUACCGCAGUUCCACAGCAGCCUCAACAUGGGCUUCCCGUCUGGUCUUGCGUUGUCCGGCUUGGCAGCCAGUCAGACCGCGUCGUCUGGCACAUUAACUGGAAGCACGAAUCAAUCAAAAGCUCGCGGCGCUUCCGACUGUCCAGGUGUUUGUCCGCUUUGUGGCGCGACUUUACGCCAGGCAAGGAAUUUACGUAGGCAUUUAUUGUCUUCGUGCAAAUAUCGAUUCAGCAACAAUUCGACGACGACCACGACAACGCAGAAUUCCGACACGACGAUAAUGGAGAUUAAACCCGAGGUUGAGUUAUCGACUUAUAACGAGUCAUCGGUGACUUAUGGAACCGACAGCGGUAGUAACAGCUGUGAACAGAUAGUCUGCAAUCCUACUCUACCUUCGCCAACGUCACACGAGUCUGAAAACGUAUCACCACCGAGCAGCAUCCCAUCGCCGACAAUCGCCAGAUAAAUAAAUGUACAGGAUGUGGACUCAUCGAUAGUAUCGAGACGAACAUGUUAUCCGUUUUGUAGUUAAUUUUUUUAUGGAUUCCGUUUAGUAGUCAGAGUUGUGUUAUAGUGAUACUCGAAACUAUGUGAGUGAUGUGACGCGUUACAUAAAGACAGAAGAGAGAUGAAAGAUAUUUUGCAUUACUUGUAUAGUUAUAUAUAUAUAUAUAUAUUUACGCGAACGGUUAUUUGUAAUUAUUCGUAUACGCGUUAUUUAAUUAGGUCAAAAAUUCGGAAUAUAUCUGUACGUUUAAUUUUAUACAACAAAAGAAUCUUCCACAUUAGUAUCUAAGGCAGUACCAUAGGGUUUAAGCAUAAGGAAGAAAAUUCUAUCAUGAAUUUCUCGUUAUUCUUUUACCAUCGGCUUAUGCGAUGAUCGGGGUUUCGUGUGAUCAUGCGAUUCAACUUUGUCCACUGCAAUUUAUUUUGCCGUCUCUUUAAUCCCUCUAUCAAGAAAUGGUCUAAUAGAAUACAUUUUUAAGAAUACGGGCUACCGUUUUUCAUUUUGAAUUCUUAUGUAAUCAAGAUUGUCCAGCCGCUUCUUCCGACAGCCACAAAAUAAAAAUAAUCGGCGCACAUUCCUAUUUUGUAAAUGCGAUUUUCGCUCCGUAACUAUUGACUGUGGACUGUUGACAAUAGUACAUUAUACAAAACCGCUAGUAUUUUAAUUGAGAAAGAAAUAGGAUAACGGGUAUAAUGAUGUAUUGCCCAUUUUCUUUUCUUUUUGAAUAAAGCGCAAAUAAAAUACA